AUGAGGGCAAGUACUAGGCGCAGAUCGACGUAUGGCCCUCCCGUUGUGGUCAGCCCAAUUAGUGGUCCAGAUGUGAACAAUGGCUGGCUACCCGCUAAAGUGGAAGGCACUGGCCCAAGAUUCACGAGCGGUCCGACUGAGGAUAUCGGUGGUGGUAAGAUCGGAGGGCUGUUGGGCAGGGACAAUAACGGAGGUGAGACGGGACUCGGACCGAACCCAGGGGCAACUGACGAAGUUGGUAAUUGCCCAUUCAAAGCCGACAACAACGAACUGGGGUUAACCAAGGAAAGUGGUAAACCUCCACCUAUGGCAGACAAGGCCGAGCUGACAUCUAGGAGGGGGUUAGAUAGCGAGCUUGGCAACGACGCACCAACUGCCGAUAACAACGAAUUUAAAUCGAGCAGAGGUUGA